AAUUAAUAAAUAAAUAAAAUAAGUGUGGUCUGAGGUGCGGAAGAAAAGAGCGGGAAUCCAAAGUUAGGGCAGGGACAUAAAAGUGCAGCAGCAGGGUAUUGAGAAGUCUCUCUCUCUAUCAAGUGGAAAGCAACAUGGAGUCCGUUCUUAAGAAACAUUUUGGCUACUCAGCAUUCAGGCCGUAUCAGAAACAGAUUAUUGAGCAUAUUCUAGACGGAAAUGACUCUUUGGUGGUUAUGGCUACCGGCAGUGGCAAGUCAUUGUGCUAUCAGGUUCCUCCCUUGAUUUCAAAUAAGACUGCUGUGGUCAUAAGCCCUCUUAUUUCCCUAAUGCAAGAUCAGGUAAUGGCACUCAAACAGAGAGGAAUUAGAGCUGAGUAUCUCUGCAGUGCUCAGAUCGACUCCACUGUUCAAAGCAAGGCAGAGUCUGGCAUUUUCCAUAUCCUCUACAUGACUCCCGAAAAGGCUUCUUCUGUUUCCAACAGCUUUUGGUCUAAACUUCUAAACGUUGGGAUAUGUCUUUUAGCCGUCGAUGAAGCCCAUUGCAUUUCAGAGUGGGGUCAUAAUUUCAGGGUGGAAUACAAGCAAUUAGACAAAUUGCGUGAUGUUCUCAUCAAUGUUCCAUUUGUUGGAUUAACAGCAACUGCUACAGAAAAGGUGCAGUCUGAUAUUAUCCAGUCGCUUAAGCUGAAAGAUCCAUAUCUUGCUGUUGGCUCAUUCGAUCGUAAAAAUCUAUUUUAUGGAGUCAAAACUUCUAAUCACGGUUCAUCAUCUGUGUUCGAGUUUGUGGAGGAGAUCUUAAAAUGUGUAGCUAGUUCUGGUUCAAUUAUUAUAUAUUGUACCAGCAUCAAAGAUGUUGAGCAGAUUUCCAAAUCGCUUCUCGAGGCAGGAGUUAAAUCUGGAAUCUAUCAUGGUCGAAUGGCGAGUAAAGCUCGCGAGGAGUCGCACAGAUUGUUCAUAAGAGAUGAAAUCCAAAUUAUGGUUGCAACAAUUGCUUUCGGAAUGGGCAUUGAUAAGCCUGAUGUCAGGCAUGUCUUACACUAUGGGUGCCCUAAGAGUCUAGAAUCUUAUUACCAGGAAAGUGGGCGCUGUGGUCGAGAUGGUAUUGCCUCAAAUUGCUGGCUUUAUUACAACAGAAGCGACUUUGCAAAAGCUGAUUUUUACUGCAGAGAAGCACAGUCAGAAAGUCAGAGAAAAGCUAUAAUGGAAUCAUUCAUGGCUGCACAACAGUAUUGUAUGCUGAGAACUUGUAGAAGAAAGUAUCUGUUGGAGUACUUCGGCGAGAUCUGUGCAUACGAGAAUUGCGGAUACUGUGAUAACUGUACCAUCCCCAAAAAGGAGAUUGACGUUUCUAAACAAGCAUUUUUACUUAUGGCCUGCAUUAAGUCAUGUGGGGGUCGUUGGGGACUUAAUCUUCCUGUAGAUGUGCUUCGUGGAUCUCGAUCGAAAAAAAUUGUCGAUGCUCGAUAUGACAAGCUUCCGUUUCAUAGCCUAGGCAAGGAGGUUUCAGCAAACUGGUGGAAAAUUCUUGCUUCACAACUGAUUUCAUUUGGUUUCUUGACAGAGAAUCUUAAAUAUAAGACUAUCAGUGUCAGUCCAGAGGGGAUGAAUUUUUUGAGCUCUUGUACGCCUGAUCAUCAACCACCAUUGCUUUUACCAGUUGGUGAAGAGGAGCAGCAAAAUGCUAUUGGUGGAGGUAGAGACUUCAACAUGGAUUUCCUGAAAUCUGAGGGAUUAUCGCAGGAGGAGUUGGAACUCUAUAAAAUGCUUCUGGGAGAGAGAAUGAGCCUGGCUAGAGCUGCAGGAAUUGCUCCAUAUGCUAUAUGUGGCGAUCAAACGAUAAAGAAGUUUGUAUUGACGAGGCCAUCUACUAAAGCGAGGCUAGCAAACAUUGAUGGAGUCAACCAGCACCUUUUGGGUAAGUAUGGAGAUCGAAUUCUGCAAAGUAUCCGAGAUCUAUCCAAAGGUCUUGGCCUAUCAUUAGAUGUAGUAUCAACUCUGCAAGUCGUAAACAACCAAAAGAUUUGUACCGCAUCAUAUCACCCAAAAGAAUUGGCGCCAGCUAGGUUUCAGGCCUGGAAAAUGUGGCACGAGGAUGGUUUGUCAUUUCAGAAGAUAGCUAACUUCCCUGGUAGAUCAGCUCCAAUAAAAGAACAAACUGUAGUUGGGUAUGUCCUCGAUGCUGCUCGAGAAGGAUGUGUUAUGGACUGGAUGAGAUUUUCCGGGGAAAUUGGAUUAACAGAAGAUGCAUUCAUAAAUAUUGAAGCGGCCAUCUUGAAAGUUGGCUCAAAAGACAAGUUAAGACCAAUCAAAGAUGAAUUACCUGAAGAGGUAAGUUAUACCCAUAUUAGAACGGUAUUGGCAAUGCAAGAUCUGGGAUUGACCAGAGAUGCACUCUUAGCCAAUCACCGGCCUAGUAAUGAAGCUAAUGAUUGCUCUAUUGAGACGGUAGAGAUACCCAAACAAUCAUAUAUUUCAAGUCAUGUAGAGAGUAAAAUCUGCGAACUCAAGGAACCAGUAAAUUGUAUGGCGGAACAUCUAUCUUCUCAGGGGGAAAGCAAAGCAGUUUCCGGGAUGCAAGACUUCGAUGAUCAACACUCCUUGAGGAAACGUCAAAAAGUUGAUCCUCACAAGAAUUUAAUUUCUGUUAAAGCGACAGAAGAUUCCAUUAUUGAGUGGCUCGGGAAUUUUGAAAAUGGGAUUUCUCUGUCAGAUAUUGUGGAGCACUUUAAAGGAUCGACAGCAGAGUCUGUUGCUCAUUUGUUGAGCUGUCUAGAAAGUGAGUUCGUUAUAUAUAAAAAGAAUGACCACUAUAAGCUUCUGUGAUAUAUUUGCGGUGGCCGUCUGAGUGUGUGGAUCGCUAGAUUCAGCAUCACUUGGAAAACAAUGUUCAAGUGCAUUUAUGGGAAACUUGUUGCCAGCGCAAUUUUUGAAAAGAUCUCGAGGCUGUUUGAGUAAAACACGAGUUGUUUUCGUCUUGUUCUGGUAGUUAUGUGCAGUUCAAUAUCUAAUCGAAACCCUUUUUACUUUCCACGUCCCGUUGAAAAAAUUAAUGUUAUCUUUUACU